CCGCCCGCGGCGACCGCGUCAUGGUCAUCACCGACGUCAUCGCCGAGCAACCUGGUGCGCCUGCAAGCUGCAUCGUGAAGUGCUGCGAUAACCGAUGCCGCAAUAUGCAAACGGAACCCGAGCACGCGCCAAACGCCGAGCAGGUUGCAGCGGGCCAAUCAAAGCACAUGCCUAUUCUCGUCAUCACGUACAUCAUGUGUCGUGUAGGACCGAUCGUCCACGGCCUUUGCCAGACGGCGGCGCCGAACAAGGGGAGUUAUACCCCGGGUUGGCGAGCCUGAUGAGCAUGACAUGCGGAAGGUAGACAUCCCGGCACUUGCGCCUGUGGGAAAUUACUUUCUUGGCGCCGAUCAGGUUCCGGAGCCUUUACCGCAGGAGAAGUGCACCCAGAGCAAUGUGUACGAUCUCCUGCGCGAUGCGCAACCUUCUCCUCCGGUUCAACGGUUGGACUUCGGUCAGCUUCUCAGCGUUUCAGCAUGGCAGGAUAGAGAAGAAGGGACCACCGGACCACCGCCGUGGCCUUCGUGCUGCUUGCUCGGGCCCGUUUGCGGCACCUGCGCCGCCAAAGCCACCACUCCAUGGACCUCUGAGGUAGUGGCUGCUCUAAACAUGCGCCUCACCAAGCUCGUGGCUUUCAUCAGCGAAGGAAGACAAGGAUGUCCCACCAGCAGUACUUGUCUAGGAAGAGCAGGUGGCCCCGGGCUCGGUGCUGCCGACGUUAUGGGUUCAGAGCGU